CUUAGAGAGUGCCCUGGAUGAGUUUCGGAAGUGCGUGCAGCAGCAUCGUAUGGCUCCCUGUCUCAACCUGAUGCUGAACAAGUGCAUCCUUUGCAACGACCAAGACACGCUCCAGAAAGUUCUCAAUCUAACCACAUCUUCCUUCGGUGAAGUCAUUGCAACAAGCGAACUGGCGGCGGCUCUGGUCGAAACAGGGAGGAGGGAUCGAGCGCUAGAGGUCGUAGAGGUACUGCGAGACAGACCCAACCUCAGUCACAUCGAAGAAAUAUGUAGAAGGAUGCACAACAGAAACAAGGUGGCGGCCCUAGAGCAGUUCGUACAUGUCACCAAAGGACUGACACACCUCAACAGAGAGAGGAUGUACCAUCUUCUAUUGUCAUUGCACGCCGACAGAAAUAACGUGGAACAGGCAUCGAGGGUCUUGAAAUCGAUGCAGGAGGAAAACAUAAGUCCCAGCCGAGAGACAACGAGAAUGAUUCAUGACCUCUACCGACUCAACGGCAAGAGCAUCCCUUCGGACUUAAGGGACAGGAUGUCCCAGGGGGAGCCAGAGGGGGGGAAUCGGUCCGAGUCCCUGACCUCGGACUACUUCAAGGAGAAAUUCAUGGAGCACGUCAUGCAGGAGGAUGCCACCAAAGCUCUGGAUGAGCUGAAGAGAAUGAAGAAAGGCCACAUCCGCUCCUUGUCCGUUGCCGAGCUGACUCAGUUUGUGGACCUGCUUAUUAGGAAGAAAAAUCUGCUGGAGCUGAGCCCGAACGUGUUCGCCAUGAGCUACCUGAUAGAAGAAGCCAGCCAGGUGUUCCAACCACUGCUGGAGAAAUAUUCAAAGGCUGGGGAUGUGGAGUCCCUGAAGUCCAUCCACAACCUCCUCCCAGACUUCUCCCUCAGGAAGAUGGCCUUCAACUACUUCUACUCCAAGGCGUUCAUCGAGAGUGAAAGGUAUGAAGAUUUGCUGCUGGAAAUGGAGAAAAACUUGGGACACAAAAAUAAGGUGUUUUCUGCCUCUGCAUUUCAAGAGCUGCUGAAAAUUCCAAGUCUGGAGGAAAGAUGUCUCGAACUGGCAGAGAGAUACAUGGAGUUGAGCUUUGAUGUUCCUGUGGCUGUCCUGUGGGCCCAUUAUUUUGUGAAUGAAAAUUUUGAGAAAGCAGAAACUAUUCUGAAGCGUCAUGGUGUUUCUUUUGAUAAGGUCGAUCCCUCCGUCCUCAGGGCAAUCAGAAAAACAGAAAAUAUCUCCAUGGGUAAGAAAUACAUUGAAAUCCUGGAGGACCGGCCAUCAGUCAGACAGAGGACAAAAGAGAGAGCCUACGGGACACUUCUGGACAUACUGGUGCUGAAGGAACAGUAUGACGAAGCAGCAUCCUUGGCUUCACGAGGAGAGAGGCUGGGCCUUCCCUUGCACAAGUACUACUUCUCGACCCUGAUGACCUUGAAGAAUGCCCUGGAGAGGGAGGGUAAACCCGUGCCCUUCACUGUCUCAUCUGAGGAUUCGGGUUCUGUCUCACCGCAAGCCAUCUGAAGAGUUUCAAAUGAACAUUAUGUAAUUUGACGGAAGCGUUCUCCCAUUUCUGGGAGAAAAGUG